AUGGGAAAAAAGUUGUUGUCGCUGGGCCACCGGGUGAUCCGGGACCUAUUGGAGUUCCAGGAGCAGCUGGUCCAGCCGGACCCUCCGGAAAUGAUGUUACUACAGGAAUCGGCGCUCCGGAUAGGAGUGAGCAAAGAAUUCAUAGGCUAUGUGAAAAAGUGCAUUUUUUUAGGACAACCUGGACCACCCGGUCCGCCAGGACCGAUUGGUUUACCUGGCCAACCAGGAGCGCCAGUGCUUGUGACUACAGGACCGAUGGGAUCAAAUGGACCGGAAGGAGAAGCAGGAGAUGUAGGUCCGCCGGGGCAGCCAGGUCCUCAAGGUUUGCAAGGCCUUCCUGGUAAUGAUGCUGGGUAUGUUUUCAGGAAUCCGGUUAUUUUUGAAAAUUUUUAA